AUGCCGUUGCUAUUGGACGCGUCAAUGAGACUGGAGGCAUGCUCGGCUUUCUACAGAUCAAGUAUGCCGACGACUGCUUACGAGGACAGUGCGGUAUCCAGCAAGACCCCGCCGCAUGCUCAAUCCUUCGCCCUGGAGUCCGUCUGCAGUCAGACGUACGACCACUAUGUCUACAAACAGUCCACCAAGUUCCUCGAAUGGGACUUUGCUUCGUUUCCGGACAGCAGGGUUGCUCUUGUCACCGGUGCAGCCUCGGGAAUUGGGCGCGCAAUCUCCCACACGUUUGUCAAAGAAGGCUGCACCCGACUUCUACUAGGUGAUAUCGACGACGAGAACCUUCAUGUCGUGUCGCAAGAGCUUCAAGCCAUAAAUCCUGCUGUGCAAACAAUAGUGAGAAGGGUAGAUAUUUCUUCUGAGUCCGAAGUGCAGGACUUUAUUAACGCAGGCGUCUCUGCUUUCGGAGGAAUCCACUACGCAGUCAAUAAUGUGGGAAUCACAAGUAAUCCCCGUGCAAAGACGCAUAUGCUGGAGACUUCCUCCUUUGAUCCACUAGUUGCAGUAAAUCUGCGUGGCACGUGGCUCUGCCAGAGGGCCGAGAUCCGGCAGAUGAUGAAGCAAAAUGCAGAGCUUCGGCCCAGAACUGGCGCUCCUGCGCAGCGUGGGGCCAUCGUGAAUGGAUUUUCUUCUUCAGCCAUCAGGAACAGCACUAACGAAGCGAAGUAUUCAGCGACUAAAGCCGGAGUGCUUGGGAUGACCAAAACUGACGCUAUUGCCUACGCUGCGGAUGGAAUCCGAGUAAACGCCGUUCUGCCGGGAUGGGUGAAGACUGCCACAUCGGCAGAGUCAGAGAAAAGAGGAGCUAAUUAUAGCCCUAUUAUUAACACUAUCCCAGUUAAGAGGUGGGGUAACCCUGAGGAGAUUGCAGAGGCAUGCGUGUUUCUGGCUGGUGAAAAGGCGAGUUUGAUCACUGGUGCAGACCUGGUGGUGGAUGGUGGAAAGAAAGUGUCCACCUGGGUGGAUUAG